AUGUCUUCCGCCUCCUCUGUGUCUCCUAUAAACCUGUAUGAGGCAGGCUUGAGCGGUAUAAACGGAACUGAGAAGACCGUUCCCACCACCGACUCUCGUCUUCGUGCGUUAGAGCAGCUAGAAAUCUUACCUCAGAUUCUCCAAGAAGGUAUCCUCUUGACCGGAUCUGGGGCGGCCCUCUUGCUCCAAGCGGCGCUGCCCAGCAUCCGUGAAGAAAUGUCCUCUGGCGACCACAAGCAACUCGCCUCCGAGCUCCUGAAUGCCCUCCAGGCACACAUCAGCAACAUUAUGUGCUUGGUGUUUGGAACACGCACCGAACGUCUGGAUCUAAUCAAUCUAUUAUGGAACAGAGAGGCGCCACUGUUGGGAGGCGGCCACACCGUUCAGUUCGCACACCACUCCAACCUACAGCUAUGGAUGGCCGCGACCAUAUAUUCCACCUCGACCGACAUCUACCAGCGCAUCUACGGCCGCGUCGACUAUAACACCGCCCAGAAAGCCUAUAGCGAGUUCACUCUGCUGACGAACUACCUGGGUAUACACCCGGAUACCUGGCCCGCCUCGCGCAAGGCAUUCUGGACCUACUGGGACCACCAGGUCGCCCAGCUGACUGUCUCCCGCGAUGCAGCGCAAUUCGCCAAGGACCUGCGCGAUAGUACCGACAUGCCGCAGUGGGUGCAGACCAUGAAGCCUCUCCUGCGCGGGAUUACUAUCGAGAUGCUGCCCCCAAGGCUGCGCGAAGCCUACGAGCUCCGAUCCACCGCGAUGACGCGCGCGCUCUAUCGGACGUGGAUGGGCUUCUCUGUCACUCUGUACCCCGCCAUGCCCAAAAAAUGGCGUUCUUACCCGCUGAGAUUCUACCAGAGCUACCGGAAAGGAACAUAG